UGCUUGUAGCAAGUUGUAACGAUGCUUCAUAUGCCAUUGGAGAUGGAGCCCAAAGCCAACAAUCUCGUUUUUGGAUGUCAGCGAAGCUCAACAUCUGAUGAUGACUCUGGCUGUGCCUUGGAAGAGUAUGCCUGGGUCCCCCCAGGCCUCAGACCUGAGCAGGUCCAGCUGUAUUUCGCCUGCUUGCCAGAGGAGAAGGUCCCUUACGUUAACAGCCCUGGAGAGAAACACCGAAUUAAACAACUUCUCUAUCAGCUGCCACCCCACGAUAAUGAGGUGAGAUACUGCCAGUCUUUAAGUGAAGAAGAGAAGAAGGAACUGCAGAUGUUCAGUUCUCAGCGCAAAAAGGAGGCACUCGGCCGAGGCACUAUUAAACUACUCUCGAGAGCAGUGAUGCAUGCGGUUUGUGAACAGUGUGGUACGAAAGUAAACGGCGGUGAAGUUGCGGUUUUUGCCUCAAGAGCUGGGCCUGGUGUGUGCUGGCAUCCCUCAUGUUUUGUGUGCUUCACGUGCAACGAGCUGCUCGUUGACCUUAUCUACUUCUACCAAGAUGGAAAAAUUCACUGUGGCAGACAUCACGCUGAACUUCUCAAACCUCGGUGUUCAGCCUGCGAUGAGAUCAUUUUUGCUGAUGAGUGUACAGAAGCCGAGGGUCGCCACUGGCACAUGAAGCACUUCUGUUGCCUCGAGUGUGAAACAAUCCUGGGUGGACAGAGAUACAUCAUGAAGGACGGGCGACCAUUCUGCUGUAACUGCUUUGAAUCUCUCUAUGCGGAAUACUGUGAGACCUGUGGGGAGCACAUAGGUGUUGACCACGCUCAGAUGACCUAUGAUGGACAGCAUUGGCAUGCCACAGAGACUUGCUUUUCUUGUGCUCAGUGCAAGACUUCUUUGCUUGGCUGCCCUUUCCUUCCAAAGCAAGGGCAGAUUUACUGUUCAAAAACCUGCAGCUUGGGAGAGGAUGUCCAUGCUUCCGACUCCUCUGAUUCUGCGUUUCAGUCUGCUCGAUCCAGAGAUUCCAGGAGGAGCGUCCGCAUGGGAAAAAGCAGCCGGUCAGCCGACCAGUGCCGCCAGUCUCUCCUCCUGUCACCAGCUGUCAAUUACAAAUUUCCUGGCCUUUCAGGCAAUGCUGAUGAUACUCUUUCUCGUAAGCUGGACGAUUUAAGCCUUUCAAGGGAAGAGGCAAGCUUUGUUAAUGAAGACUUCUGGAAAGGAAGAGUAGAGCAAGAAAUGCCUGAAGACCCUGAAGAAUGGGCUGAACAUGAAGACUACAUGACUCAACUUCUUCUGAAGUUUGGUGAUAAAAGCCUUUUCCAGCAGCCCGCUGAAGUAGACAUUAGAUCAAGUGAACACUGGAUUUCUGACAGCAUGGUCAAGAGCAAGUUGGACUUGAAAAAAAAUAACCCAAGCCUAGCAAGUAAGAAGUAUCAAUCAGACAUGUACUGGGCCCAGUCACAGGAUGGCUUGGGUGACUCUGCAUACGGCAGUCACCCAGGCCCUGCCAGCAGCAGGAAAAUCCAGGAGCUAGACAUGGAACACGGGGCGUCAGGAUACAAACACGACCAAACACCAUGGUAUGGAGGUUCACUCGAAUGUUUGUCUGACCUGAAACAGCAAGAACAAAGUGUUCGAGACUCAAUGGAUUCUUUGGCUUUGUCUAACAUAACAGGGGCUUCAAUGGAUGGAGAAGGCAAGCCACGGCCAUCUCUCUACUCUUUGCAAACUUUCCAAGAACUGGAGGUAGAGGACUGUGAGAAAAUGAGCAACAUGGGAACUCUGAAUUCGUCAAUGCUCCACCGGAGCACAGAGUCCUUGAAGAGUCUGAGCUCAGAGCUGUGUCAGGAAAAGGUCUUGCCAGAGGAAAAGCCAGUGCAUAUGCCUGUACUGAGAAGAUCUAAAUCCCAAUCUAGACCACAGCAAGUGAAGUUUUCAGAUGACGUUAUUGAUAAUGGAAGUUACGAGAAUGUUGAAAUACGUCAGCCUCCAAUGAGUGAAAGGACUCGUAGGCGUGUUUACCAUUUUGAAGAGCGUGGAAAUCGGCCUUCUCAUCAUCGUAGAAGAAGCAGGAAGUCUCGUUCAGAUAAUGCACUUAACUUGGCCACAGAAAGAAGAUGCUCUCCGAGAGAGAGAUUUCGUUAUUACUCCCCUCAGGAUCAUGAAAAAUUUAUUCAAAAUAGAAGCUCACGUGAGAUUCGGGCAUAUAUUCAAAAUGCGGAGCUGUAUGGACAAUAUGCCCAUACUAGGUCUGAUUAUGCACUGCGGAAUCAGGUGGUCGAUAAAUUUUUUGGAUUGUAUGGUGAGGAAGAUGACUCCUGGUGUUCAACUUCAUCCUCAUCGUCCGAUUCUGAAGAGGAAGGAUAUUUUCUAGGACAGCCAAUUCCACAGCCACGAUCACUGAGAUAUCCAUACUAUACAGAUGACCUUUCUGGUCCAGCUACUGCAUUAUCUAGUUCUCAGUUUGGACAAAGGACAACCAAAUCAAAGAAGAAGAGGGGACACAAAGGAAAAAAUUGCAUCAUUUCUUAA